AUCCAAAAGGAAAUGGGUAUGGAAUCAGUACCCAAGGUAUCGCCGACUCCAACCCUAGGCACCGGCGGCCUGCACAACAGUGAUCAAGCGGCGGCUAAAACCUGGUGCGGCAGCGCCUUUCAGAUGCCGCUGCAUUACCCAAGGUACACCGAAGCUGAUUACGAAGCCAUGCCUGAGUGGAAAGUUGAUUGUUUGCUUAAAGAAUACGGACUACCCAUCACCGGCGACGUUGAGCAGAAGAGAAGCUUCGCCAUGGGAGCUUUUCUGUGGCCUCGUUAGCUACAAUUAAUGUUGUUUUAUGGAUCCCAAUUUUCUUCCUUUUUUUUUUUUUUUAAUUAUGAAGUCUGAAAGGGCAUUGUGUUUAUGAUCUUUUGUUUGCUUCAUUGCCAAGUGAUUAUGAAAAUAUGGUAAUUUUGAGCUAUUUGUAUUUUAAAUAUUAAAUAAAAUUUAGGUGGGUGUAAAAUUAUCGAUCGGGUGUUAAUUCGAUUCGCAUUAUACAUUGUUGAUUAUGUAGGAGUUGGAUUCGCAUAGAUAUUGUUAAUUAUGUAAGAGGAUGCGGAUUCAAAUACAUUAAAACAUAUUAUUCUACUAAUUUAUGAAUGAAUUCGAAGUUAGGAUAGGUGAUUCUAAAUAUUGUGUCAAAUAAAAUAAAUAAUAAUAUAAUUCCAAUAAAAAAUAUAUAUUUAUUAAUCUUACUAUGUAUGAAUUUUUAUAAGUAAUUAAUUUUUAAAUAAUCUUAUUAUAGGUUUUAAGUUUUAAUUAUGUCUACUAAUAGUGAUGAUCUUCAGAUUGCAUCCGAAGAUGCGGUGUAUGAUUUCGUGUUGAAGUGGGCCAGGGCUCAAUACCCAAAACUAGAAGACCGAAGAGAAGUGCUUGGUUCACACCUUGCGCAAUAUAUUCGUUUCCCUUACAUGACUUGCCGGAAACUUAAGAAGGUAUUAACAUGUAACGAUUUUGAUCAAGACGUUGCAUCGAAAAUUGUGCUCGAGGCCCUCUUUUACAAGGCUGAUGCCCCAUAUAGACAACGAAGCUUGGCUGCAGAGGAAUCUGUAACCUCAAACCGUCGAUUCAUUGAGCGAGCUUACAAAUAUCGACCCGUUAAGGUAGUGGAAUUCGAACUUCCUCGUCAGCAAUGUGUCGUGUACCUUGACUUGAAGAGGGAGGAAUGUGUAAACUUGUUCCCAUCCGGACGAGUCUAUUCUCAGGCAUUCCACCUAGGGGGACAAGGUUUCUUCCUAUCAGCACAUUGUAACAUGGACCAACAAAGCUCUUUCUAUUGCUUGGGGUUGUUUUUAGGAAUGCAGGAAAAGGGCUCCGCUAGUUUCGCGGUGGACUACGAAUUCGCAGCAAGAUUAAAGCCGACAGAAGAGUUUGUUUGUAAAUACAAAGGGAACUACACAUUCACCGGCGGCAAGGCGGUUGGCUACAGGAAUUUAUUUGCUGUACCUUGGACAUCUUUCGUGGCAGAAGAUAGUAUUUACUUUAUAAAUGGUAUCCUCCAUCUUAGGGCUGAGUUAACUAUCAGAUUGUGUUCCUGAGGCGAUUUUGAGUUAAAUUUUGGUCUUUUUAAACCAAUGUAUAGAAGUUAAACACAGUCCUGAGAGCAGGCUUACAAAUAUAAAUUGAUGGUGCUGCUGCCUAGGAGAAUCAGGCAGCCUAUCUUAUUAUUAUUAAUAUCAUUAUAUAGAUGCUCUGAAAUUUUCAAGUGGAGAGGCUAUAAUCACAUACACUAAGACCAUAUUAUUAAUAUAUCAAAUACUAAGAUCUUUAUGAUAA